AUGGCAGCAUCUUCUUCGACAGAAAACAAGAACUUAGUUCCAAUCAAAGAGAAAACUAUGCAGUAUUAUCUAUAUCCGCCGCCCAUUGCGCAGUACGAAGACGUUAUAGCCAAUGCUAAACUCUUCAUGGAUAUUCUUGGGAAAUUCCAUGCUGCUAUGGGGACCAAAUUCAAAAUUCCUAUUGUUGGUGGCAAGGAUCUAGACUUGCAUCGUCUAUUUAUGGAAGUCACUUCCCGUGGCGGCAUUAAAAGGGUUCUUGAAGAGAAGAAGUGGAGGGAGGUGACUAAUUGUUUCAGCUUUCCUCCAUCGGCUACCAAUGCUUCUUUUAUCUUGCGCAAGUAUUAUAUGUCACUCAUUCACCAUUUUGAACAAGUUUAUUACUUUAAGGCCAAAGCAUGGACUCCUGUUCCUACUGAUACUUGGCAGAGUACAAAGUCCACCCUCACUUCAACAUCUGGAAUUCAAGUCACGUCAGUGAAGAGGCAGAGGACAACAGAUGAGGACGCAUCAUCUAAAGAUUCUCCAGAAUCAUCAAUAGGUCUACCAGUUACUGGCAUAAUUGAUGGAAAAUUCGAAAGUGGGUAUCUGUGUACUGUCAGAAUAGGUGGAGAGCAGCUACAAGGUGUUCUUUAUCAGACGGUGCAAACCCCAUCAUGUGAAACGCCAAAACACGAUGGUCAAGUACCUCAGCUCGGAACCAUGGAUGCAACUCAGGCAUCAACCGUGGUCAGGUGUAGGCGGAGGCGUAGGAAGAAAUCCGAGAUGAGGAAGAGGGAUCCUGCUCAUCCAAAACCAAACAGAAGUGGGUAUAAUUUCUUCUUUGCCGAACAGCAUGCCAGGCUCAAAUUACUUCACACAGGCAAGGAUAGAGGCAUCAGUAGGAUGAUCGGUGAACAGUGGAACAAGCUAACGUUGUCUGAGAAGGCGGUUUACCAGGAAAAAGCUGUGAAAGAUAAGGAACGAUACAUAACUGAAAUGCAGCAUUAUAGAGAGAGUUUCAGAAGAGGGGGAGUCAUAAGCAAUGCAAUGCCUUCACAGCAACAGUAUUUUAUGCUGGACACGAAUAUGAUGCUGGUUGAGAACACCGAAUAUGAUGGUGGAAGUUUUCAUCGAGCUCCUGAAAAUGAGCUGACUUCUGGGUAUUGUGACAAUGACAAAAGCAGCUUUGAAGGUGAAGAGAAAACUACAGGUAAGGAUUCAAAUCUGGGAACACCAUUGGCAGUUGAAAUGGGAGCUGAAAAUGUUGAAAUAGAAACAGUAGCUGGAGAAAAGGAUCUGGGACUAGCUAAAAUAGACAGAGUAGGCAAAGAGUUCCUGGAGGAUGCCGAAAUGAAGCAGGAGGAGCUAUUAUUUGGCGGGCAUAAAAAACCAUUCAAUAUUAAAGGUGACCAGUCGUUUCUUGAUGAAUCCCUUCAGCAAAAAUCAGUAUCUGUCCAAGAGAACGAACCCCUAAUCAUUGAAAAUGAAUCAAAGCAAGAUGGAAAGAGCCCUGAUGAACCAAAGAUGUCUAAUAUUGAUGAUGAAAUCAAGACAAAAUCAGCUGACAACCAAGAGAGAGAUUCUGUGGCUAUUCAAGAGAAGUUUUCGGUAAAAUUUGAUGGUAUAAUUGAGAACGGGUCUUAUGUUACUAAUGAAGAGAUACGUAUGGAGAAUCCAAUGGCUGUCCAAGAGAGGGAAGUUGUUACUGGUGAAGACAUAGUUGGAAACAAACCAGAACCUUUCCAUCAGAAAGAAUUAGUGUACAUUUCAGAGAAUCUUGAGAAAGAUCCACAAGUUUCCCAAGAAACGGUUUCAACAGUAAGGGAGGUGGAGUUCAUGUCCUAG